AUGCCGCCGCGACGGAAGGCGGCGAGAGCGGCGACGAGCGCGCUGACGAAGAGCGAUGAAGACGAUACGCCGACGUUGACGCUCGAGUGCGUCGCGGGGCCGAUCGAGGGGACGACGUUUGCGUUGAGAGCGGGUAAGCCGCACGCGGUUGGUAGGAUCAAACGCGGCAACGCGGUGUGGAUUAAAGGGGACGACGCGGUGUCGCAACGACACGCGACGAUCGAGUUCAACGAGGGACGAUCGAGGUGGGAGAUUCGGGACGUCGGGAGCUCGAAUGGGACGGAGGUUGAUGGAGAGGACGCCGUCGCGGAGGGCGACGGGUUGGCGCUGCGAGACGGAAGCGUGAUCAAACUCGGGACGGAGACGACGAUUCGGUGUCGAAUCGACGACGGUUCGGUGGAUUCCAAGGAUGAAAACAAAGAGAACGCGGGCGAUGCCCGGGGCACGAACGCGAGCGAGGAGAGAGUCGCCGUCGGGGCGAAAUCAUCCGCGCGCUCGCCGGAUGUCUUCGCCUUCGAUCCCGCGGACACUCCGAACGGGCCAUCCGAGACCACCGACGCGCAGAACAACGCGCGUAAGCGGGCCAAAUCGACGACAACGGUACCGACGACGACGACGAGCGAGAAACCGCCGUCACCGUCUCCCACCGUCACCGAACCCGAUCCCCGCGUACCGUCCACGCGCGCGUACGCCGACGCGACGCUCGCCGAGCUCCAAUCCCUCAUUCGCGCCGACGUCGCCCACGCGUGCGAGGAAAUUCGCGCCGACGCUCGCGCGCGCAUCGACGCCCUCUUAGCCUAG